GUCUUCAUGCGCCCCGUUCCAUGAUUCUUGGAGGAGUCUUGGGGGGAGCCGUCUCUCGCAGUAUCUGGGCUCGCAUACUCCACCUACGUCGGCCCAUAUACACCGAGGCUCUCGACGCGACUACUACACCUCUCCGGUCGUCACCCGAACUUCAUCCAGAUCCAGCGGAAGGCGAACAGGAUUCGGACCCCGUCGUCCACUUUUCCAAGACACUCAAUUGGAUCCUUCGGCACAGUGCAGUCAAAAUGAAUGUGCCUAUUCAGCCCAACGGCUUCGUUCGUCACGAUCACAUCAAAAACUGCCCGCGUUUUAGCGGAAUGCCCUCCGAGGAAUUCGAUAGGGCAUUGGAGAUGGCAGGGGGGCUAUUCCAACAUGUUCUGGAGCGAGACGAGCGGACCGGAGUGCAAAUGUGGUGGAUGCGGGCCAGGCACAAGCACUCCAUUCCUUCCAUAGACACGAGACUUAGACGCGUGCGAUCCGUCAAAGAACUGCCCCACCUGGCUGGUACCACUAGUUUGGAGAAUUGGAAGUUCAUACAAACUUUCGGACUCCAAAAAAGCCCUGCAGACAACUUCCUCCACCUCAUUCCGACCCGAGCACCUCGAAAACUCAGCCAAAGCCUUGCCGGAAGCGCUGACGUUUGCAUUUACGUCGAUGUCGCGAAGAUUCUUGCCGCUGGAAUCCAGCUGCACAUACAUUCAUCUCAGAAGUUCGUGUUGACCACCGGAGACGACUCUGGCCGUCUUCCCCCGGAAUUCUUCCAUCAAGUACACCGGCUACAUUAUCGGCACGAAACCCUUCUCGCAGAAGCUCGAAGAGCUUUGCGUCGGAUACGAAGAGGGCAUAUACUCCUCAGAAACGCCGGUCGCCCCAGGGGGGCAAGUAUGGCGUCACUUCCGGCCCACCAUAGUGCCACACUGGGCCUAUGAGUGCGAUGCGCUGGAAAUAGUUGGCACAUACAAUUGUAUCAGACCAGCCGCAAGCCGAGUCGAAAGACAUCCCCUUGCAAUCUACCAAUCAACCCAAUCCCACUUCAUUUGUAUACUCCACUAUCAGCAUUGGGUCGGUAUGAGUUUAAAAGCCUUUCUCGAGGCGCAGGAACUGGGAGGUACAAGUCCACGGUAAACCCAGCGACAGACCCGACCGCUUUGAACCUGAGUGGUGAUACCACAAAGAUUAUCGGCGUGAGUCACUGACAAUGGCAAAGUUGUUAAUCGAGAUAUGCAGUGUCAUGUACUGGCAAGGAUCGAGGGUUGUAAGGCGAUGCAUGAGCGUGCUUCAGCUUAAUACUAGUCAAUGAAAGAAGCCUUACACGCUGCCGCCGUACAAAACAAUCUUGGCCUUAUCCCAUCCCACACGAGCAGCGAGAAAAUUUGGGUAGGAUAUUUUUAGGCCUUUUCAAUGUUUCGACUACAACGACCUUUCGAGCAUAUAUAGCAAUCCAAGUACAUCGUUCAGAAGCGUGUU